AUGAAGCAAACCGGCACUCUCGUCGCCCUCGCCGGCCUGGUCUCCAUGGUCCACGGUCACGGUUUUGUCACCUCUCCCAAGCCCCGUAUGCCCGGCCCGGCUAUGAAGGCUGCCUGCGGUAACCAGGUGGAGAUCAACCAGCAGUCCGACAACUACGGCAACAUCCAGGGUGAGCUUCAGGUAGCCAAGGGCCAGAGCGACUACAACGCCGACGAGUGUAACAUCUGGCUCUGCAAGGGUUACAAGUUUGACGACAACAAGGACAACGUCUACUCCUACACCGCCGGCCAGACCGUCGACUUCGUGGUUGACAUCCGUGCGCCUCACACCGGUGUGGCCAACGUCUCCGUCGUUGACACCGCUACCAACACGGUGAUUGGCAAUACCCUCAAGUCCUGGACCGACUACGCCUCGACCGCCACCGGUGUCUCCCAGGAUGAGACCAACUUCAGCAUCACCAUCCCCGACAACCUGGGCAGCAAGUGCUCCGAGCCCGGUGCUUGUGUCCUCCAAUGGUACUGGUUCGCCGAGUCGAUCGACCAGACCUACGAGUCCUGCAUUGACUUCACUGUUGGCGGCUCCGGCUCCGGCUCCGGCUCUGGCUCCGGCGCUGGCUCCAGCUCCAGCGCUGGUUCUGGCUCUUCGAUUCCGACCGCUACUCCCAGCGUUGCUGUUACCACUCCCAGCACCGGAAACAACGUGAUCUCCACGCCUACCACUAUGGUCACCAGCGUGAGACCGACUGCCACCUCGGCCGCUGGCACCGGUAAUGGCGCUGGUUCCUCCACAUCUUUCCCCACCAGCGGCACUGCUGAGGAGCAGCUCAGCUACAUUGCUUCUGUUCUGAAGAGCCUGCUGCAGUAUAUUGCUUAG